CAGCCAAGCAAUGGCUGGUUGAUCCCGCUGUGUGGGGGUGGCCCCCUGUGGGUGUUGGAGGAAACCGCAGCCCAAGAUCAGUUUGCUUUUCUCUUUCUCUUUGGGAGCAGCCACAGCAGCUGUGAGGUCAAGAGUGAGUGCGUCUGUCCCGCCGUCCAUCUGUCCUGCCGGCCGGAGUCCCGAGGCCGCGGUCAGGGAAUAGGGUCCCGGGUGGACAUGCAGCCUCUGCCCGGCUGGGGGCCACCCCCCUGCAGCCCGACGCCCGCGGCUGACGUCCUGAGGCUGUUCAAGAGCUGUCAGCUCAUAAGUCCCGUGGUUACUACUCAGGCCCUGAGCCUCCUCCUUCUGACAGCCCCGCCCUGCGCACUGGGAAUGCCCUCGUGCAAAGAGGAGGAGUUCCCGACGGGGGCCAUGUGCUGCCCCAAGUGCAGGCCAGGCUACCGGGUGAAGGAGGCCUGCGGUGAGUUCGCAGGCACAAUGUGUGAGCCCUGCACGCCGGGCACCUACACUGCCCACCUCAACGGCCUGCCCGAGUGUCUGCCAUGCCGCGUCUGUGACCCAGGCCUGGGCCAGGUGACCAGACGGAACUGCACCACCCGGACCAACACGGUGUGCGGCUGCGGGCACGGCCACUUCUGUGAGCGACAGGACGGGGACGCCUGUGUCCAGUGCAGGCCCCACAGUGUCUGCCGCCCGGGCCAGAGGGUGCGGGAGACAGGCACCGAGUGGGAGGACACGCUGUGUGAAGACUGCCAGCCGGGCACCUUCUCUGCGGGGGGCACCCAGGCAGCCUGCACGGCCUGGACCAAGUAGGUGACCCGGGUCCCAGGAGGCGCUGCCAGGGCCCCCCUGGGAGAUAAGGGCCCCCAGCGGGGAGACGGUGACCCCCCAGCCGCCCUGCUGACCCUGUGGCUCCCACACCGCUGCCACCUCAGCCCAGGGUCCGGUCAGCACAUCCCACAUGCGGGGCUCAGGGCGCUGUGUCCAGAGACCCACCCUGUGUUCCGGUAUUUCUUUAGCUGUUUGAUGGUUGUCCUUUUAGCCUUGCUGGUGGUCUUCCCUGGGACUGCCCUGCGUCGGCAGGUGUUUGGGGUCUAGGCUUUGGUACUUUCUCUGGUGGGUAGACCCCUGGGGAUGUGGGCCUAGCACAGUGAUGUUGAACCUAUGGCCCGCGGGUCAGGUGACUCGCGAACUCAUUUUUUUGGUUGAUUUUUCUUUGUUCAAUGGCAUUUAAAUAUAUAAAAUAAAUAUUGAAAAUAUAA